UUUGACACAGUAACUCACAAAGUAUACACUUUAGUAUAGCCAGUUUUAUAGAACCAACAGGACACAUAUAGUAAGAACAGUUUUAGUUUCUUUCAAGAAUUAUUCAAGUUAAAAAUUAAAAAAAAAAAAAAUUAAAUGGAACACGUGAGAACUACAUUUGAGGGAAAUUACAAAAUUUUUAAAGAAUGGGAUGAGGUCGUCAAUUCCGCAAAACAGGCGAUACAGACUCUCGACAGACAGGACCUGCUCCCACAUUUCGAGAAGGUUAUGAAGACCAUGGAGAGGAUGGAGAUUACGGUUGAAUGGAAGAGGAAUGGACGAAUAGUAUAUUACAAGGAUUUGAGCUUUCGGGGACUUGACAUCCUGUCGUGCAUUGCCCGGAAGUUCGAAGGGUAUGGUGAGCCCUUGUUGCCGCUGGCCACAAAGGCCCAUAAAUACUGCAUCGAGCAAUUGAAUAAGGACAUUAGGGAUCGUCGACAUCGGAGUUCCAUUUAUGAUCUCCUUUCCGCCCUCCUUCCUAUUGUAGGCGAGGACAUGGUCACCUCAUUCCCAGUUAUAAUGGGACACGUUUGCAGGGAUACGAUUUGUGAGAAAAGGUUCAAUGAGCAGCAUAGCCAUCUAAAGGUGUCGGUGCUCCUCGUCCUCAAGGACUAUGUGGAAUUCAUGCCCAAACAAUUCAAGCCAUUCAUAGAGGAUACUCUGAAAUACGCUACUCGUCUGAUUAACUAUCAGGGGGAACUGGUACGAAUCGCCUCUGUGGACUGUAUCAGCAUGGUUUUGAAUGCCUUCCAGGGACUGGGUUUCGGCGGCAAAUUGCCGGAGACCUGCGAGGUCCUCAUACCGGUGCUCUCGCAGGUCAUUUGCGCCGAUGAUGCGCCGUGUGUCGUUGUGAAAGUGAUCACCUGCCUGGGUGAUGUGUUCAACAGACUAAAACGAAACGCCGUUCCCAACCAGGAGGUGGCCGACAUUGUCUUCAAAAGCAUAGACUGGGUUUUCAACGAUAGGACCAGGUGCCAGGUGGCUAUGGCGCGCUAUCCAGAAUCAGAGGAGGACUAUUACGAGGAGUCCUUUGGACGCAUGUACUUUGAAGCUGCGGCCAUGUUCGCCAACUUUGGUCACGGUCUCGAGCAGGAGAUAUUUUUGAAGUACUUCAAGCGGAUCCAUCCCCAUCUGGGCAGAUUGCAGACGAUGAUUGAAGCGCAAAGUGACGAGACCUUCUACUCCUCAGUGAGCACAAUGGUCAUUCUGCUGGAGACCAAGGUGACGUCCUUUUUCGACUUCCUGUAUCCAAUCCUACUCGCCGGAUUCCGUCAUACGAGUGCGGACCAGAGGAAGAUCGCAAUCUAUGCCAUGGGCGUGCUCAUUCUCAACACUGACAACGAGAAGGCGGUUAAGGCCUUUCCGGCCAUCCACUUGGCCCUCUGCGAUCGUUACGACAGCGAGACAAAUGCUGCCAUCCAGGAUACUGUCCUCGGAGCCCUGGGCAGGAUGAUCCUGAGCAAUGCCGAGGGGGUGCCUUUAGACAGUAUGCUGUUAGACUUUAUGAGUCGCCUGCCGCUCACGGAGGUUUUCGAAGAGAAUGUUACCAUGUUGAAGGUUUUCCGUCUGCUCUACCAUGAAAAACGUCAAAAGAUCGACUAUUUUGUUGAACGUAUCCUGGAACUCACUCUUCUGAUGGUGGCCAAAAACGAGAUCUCUGAUCCAAAGUGGCGUAAAGACGCAAUAGAUUUUGCCUACAAGAUCAAACUGAAUUAUCCACGUAUUUUCGACAAAAUGAUCAAAACUCAUAAAGAAAUUGAGUCUUUAAUCCACUCAAUGUGCUACGUGAUAUGGUAAAGCCAGGACUUGCAUAAAACUAAUCAAGAUUUACUCGCACAGUUUUACAACCAUUAAAUUUUAGGUUAUUUUUAAGAAAUUGAAAAAUUUUUUCAAUCGUAAGUAUUUAAAUGUCUAUUGUCCUUAAUCCAAAAUG